AUGGCACCCACUCCCGAAUCCGCCGCAUUCCUCGCGAAGAAACCUACUGUUCCCCCAACCUUCGAUGGUGUCGAUUAUGAGGAUACUUCACGAUUCAAGCAAGCGCAGGAUUCGAUUAUUAGAGAACAAUGGGUUAGGAGUAUGAUGGCGCGCUUAGUGAGAGAGGAAUUGGGAAAGUGUUAUUACAAAGAGGGAGUUAAUCAUUUGGAGAAAUGUGGUUCAUUAAGAGACCGAUAUUUCGAGUUAUUAAAGGAGUCCAAGAUUAAGGGUUACCUGUUCGAUCAACAGAAUUACAGCAAGAAGCCCGAAUAG